UUUUCGAGGCAAUUGAGUCAGCAAAUGUGCUAGUAGAUACUUCCUCUAUAUUCAUUUAAAAACUCCCAUUCGUGUCCUCGACUAAAAUCAGCAAUCGCAAAUGAACUUUAAAUUCCAGUUUGAUGGAUGCUACUAUUAAACGGGGACGGUCGAGGCACGAAAUUGAAUAAAAAUCAGUGACAUCAUUGAGCAUUUUGAGUGGCUCGUUUUUUCCUGUUUUAUUUUUUUUUAAUCGAUGAUUUUGUUAUCUCGUUUUCGACUUAUCGCCGCGACGCCGAGUCGAUUAAUUUUGUGCUCUUCAGUCUCUCAUCAAAUGGUAUUGCAGUGAGUCGAUUUGCACGAGAGAAUUUCAAACGUUGGUGAAUUCUCACAGUUUUCUGCUUCGAAGUCCCAGAAAUACGAAGAUCGAAGCUCAUGCUUGUCCGUAGUAUUUAUAAACUAAACAAAAAUGGCACAAGGAUUGCAGCGCUUUCAAAUAAACCUCGAUAGUGCGGACAACACUUUUGCGCCUGGCGAAAUCAUCACGGGAAACGUCAUUGUCGAUCUUGGCCGACCCAAAAAUAUUCGAGCUCUCAAAGUGCGAAUCAAGGGUACAGCGAAAGUCCAAUGGAGCGAGACGAGCGGAUCUGGAAAGGAUUCCGAGACCGACUGGUACAGAGCCGAGGAACAAUAUUUCAGACUGGAGGCCGUUCUUUUUGGACAAACUGCAAACGGAGAUAGCGUGAGCCUGGAAGCAGGGCAUCACGCGUACCCAUUCAGUUUUUGUCUGCCUCACAACAUACCGAGCAGUUUCGAAUGUAGCGACGGGAGCGUGAGAUACUCAAUAAAGGCAAUAAUGGACAGGCCUUGGAAGUUCGACCACCAGGUGACAUUGGCAUUCACAGUGGAGGCUCCUUACGAUCUGAACGAAGUGCCGACGGCGACGAGUGACGUCGUCGAUGAAGAUAUGGAUUCGUUUUGUUGUCCACUUGUACCGUGUAUAGGUAUGGGCUCCAUGAAGUACCAUUUCUACUUGCCCGCGAGAGGUUUCGCCGUGGGUGAAGCGAUCGAGGCAAAAGUGAAAAUAGAGAAUGGUUCGAGGAGCGUUGACGUGGUGAAAUUGAAACUCAAUUUGGAACAGAAAAUCAAACUUUACGCUCGUACCAAGACGAAGAAACAUCAGAACACGAUACAGAAGACAAAACAAUUGGGACCAUUCGGUCACAAGAUUGAGACGACGCUGAACUUGCAAGUUCCAGCUGUGCCUCUCUCGAACCUCAAGCAUUGUGGCAUCAUCGACGUCGAGUAUCGACUCGCUUUUCACAUUGUAGUUUCCGGCUGUCAUUGCGGCACCACGAGACACUACCCAAUCGUCAUUGGGACAAGAACAGCUCCAAGUUGGCAAUCGAUCCAGCACGAACACGUGGCUCUUGGCUUACCUCACAGACCUUCUCACCUGGAAUCAGAAAAUUCUACAGUUCCCAGUGCUCCUGUCGUAUCUGACACUACCCCAUCGCCUUCAGAGAGAAUCCCUUUUCCAAUGCCCAUGAUCAAUCAACAGUUUGGAAACCCAGCUUCACCUCCUCCCUAUCCUAUGCCCAGGGCCAACGACGAAUUCGAAAUUCUCAACUCACCUGGACAACGCGAUCAACUUUAUCCACCUCCGAUGCCGGGCAGCUCUUCAGGAUUCCAAUAUCCAAUGGGCAUGACUCCACCAAUUGGCUUCAUUUCACCACAUGCGAUUAAUCCAACGUCAACGAUGCCAGAAAUUCCCCCACCGUCGUAUGACGCCUGCAUGAAAAUGGCCCAGAACGAAUCAACAGCUGUGACUCAACCUCCGAAGCCAAAAACUGCGCCAUAAAAAUCUCACGUGCUUCAACUCUGAGAUUUAUCGACGAAUAUCGUUUGUCGUCCCUCGAGUUAUUCUCGAAAAUCGAAUCGAAAAUUUGGUCCUCCAAGGUUUUGUCGUUCGAUGAGGAAUCUUGGUACUGCGAUCCUUUUCUUGCUCGCCGCCACUUCCUCGUCGAUGACAACCGCAACGCCACAACUCGGUUUUCUCGUCAAUCCAUUUAUCCAUGACCGUUGGCGUUAAAAGUUGCUGAAAAACUUUGAAUGCUUGAGAAAAUGAAAAAUUACUGUGCGCGCACGAAAAAUCUUCAGCAAAACAUCAAAAAUCGGUUUUAAAAUCUCAAGCUAUUGAAAAAACGAUUAUUUUAUUGAAACUUUACCUUGAUAUCUUAUUUUUAUAUAAUAUAUAGAAAUAAUUGUCGUGUUCAUAAGAGCUUUAGUCAUACAUGAAAUCCGAAGGUAUGACAACCUUUUAAGCUUUAAAUGAAUAUUUUUGACUUCAGUGUCAAAGAAAAAUGAAAAACAAAAUGUACGUGAAGAAAUAUAUUGAAUGUGGUUCGGCA